CUCUUUAUUCAAGGCCACGCCCAGGGCUCGGCGCAUAUCACCGGCCUGGCCUCUGGGCCUCGGCCCCUCACGGCCUCUUACGGCCCUACUGGCCAGGCUCGGUCUCCGUCACCGGUCCAGGCCUCUGAGCCAGCCCCGGCCUUAGGCGGUAGGGGUCUCGGAAGCCCACCAUUUCCUCAGGAAAAGUUCUAAGGAAAGUGAGUUUUGUCAAGUCGACUUUUGGAAGUCACGGCCAGCGCCCUUCCAGGCCGCUUCCCGCGCCGCUGUGACCGGAAGCGGAAGCGCGUGUCGGUCAGCGGAACCAUGGCGUCUUUAGUGGACCUGCCGGAUCUGGUGCUACUGGAGAUCUUCUCUUACCUCCCGGUCCGGGACCGGAUCCGCAUCUCCAGGGUCUGUCACCACUGGAAGCGGCUGGUGGACGACCGCUGGCUGUGGCGACACGUCGACCUGACGCUGUACACGAUGCGACCUAAAGUCAUGUGGCACUUGCUCCGCCGGUACAUGGCUUCGAGGCUGCACUCACUGCGGCUGGGCGGCUACCUCUUCUCGGGCUCCCAGGCCCCCCAGCUAUCCCCUGCCCUGUUGCGGGCCCUGGGCCAGAAGUGCCCCAACCUGCAGCGCCUGUGUCUGCACGUGGCCGACCUGAGCAUGGUGCCCAUCACCAGCCUGCCCAGCACGCUGAAGACCCUGGAGCUGCACAGCUGCGAGAUCUCCAUGGCGUGGCUGCUGAAGGAGCAGGACCCCACGGUGCUGCCGCUGCUCGAGUGCAUCGUGCUGGACCGCGUGCCCGCCUUCCGCGACGAGCACCUGCAGGGCCUCACACGCUUCCGGGCGCUGCGAUCGCUCGUGCUGGGCGGCACCUACCGCGUCACUGAGACCGGCCUGGACGCCAGCCUGCAGGAGCUCAGCUACCUGCAGAGGUUCGAGGUGUUGGGUUGUACCCUGUCGGCAGACAGCACCCUGCUGGCCAUCAGCCGCCACCUCCGAGACCUGCGCAAGCUCCGUCUGACCGUGGGGGGCCUCUCGGCCCCAGGCCUGGCCCUGCUGCAGGGGAUGCCAGCCCUAGAGAGUCUGUGCCUUCAAGGCCCCCUCAUCACCCCAGAAAUGCCCACACCCGCCGAAAUCGUUUCCUCUUGCCUGGCCAUGCCUAAGCUCAGAGUGUUGGAGCUGCAGGGGCUAGGCUGGGAGGGGCAGGAGGCGGAGAAGAUCCUGUGCCAGGGGCUGCCCCACUGCGUGGUCAUUGUCAGGCCCUCCCCCAAAGAGUCCAUGGACUGGUGGAUGUGAGGGGACACCCUUCCCUGGGGCCAGCCCAUAAGGCAGCUGAGGUGCAGCACCAAGACAGAGCCCAGGGCCUUGGGGCGGGGCAUCCGGAGGGUGCCUGGCGAGUGGGCAUGGCCUCACCCCCACAGCCCGCCUCUGGGAGGGCCAUCCCACGUACACAGCCAGCCACCAGAGCUACCUCAUGAUUAUCUUGUCAAGCACGGACUCUGCCCGAAGACUACGCGCAGUGCCUUCCCCAGGUCAUCCUCAGGGUCGUGUCCUCAGGACCCCAUGGGGUUGGGUAUGGGGCCUUGGGCCCCGCUCUUCCCCAGCCCAGAAGGAUGGUCCCCACCUGAACUCAACCUAUGCAGCCCCUUCUCUCCGCAUGCGAGGCAUCGGAUCUUAGUGCUCAAAGCCUAUCUUUGCAUAGCCAAAUGUUUCUCCAAAGGUUUUAUUUUGUAUUCUGCCUUUUUCAAGUUUUCAUGGUAUUUUGCUAUUAAAAAUCAAUAAGCAUUUUUUUAAAGCAUUCGGUUUAUUCAUUCCACAAGUGUUUCUCUAACACCCAUUACUUUUUAGGCAUGUUAUCCAGAGCUGUCUGUAGUGGAGGGGACAGGGUCAUAAGCAGGUCAGCAUAUAGGGAUAGUUCUAGAACUCUGAGACACUAAACCAGGGGACAUGGGGAAGGUACAGCCACUUGGUAGAGGACAGAGAUGAGAAAGCACCCACUAGCCAUGGAGACAACUGAGGGAGAAGAGUUGGAGGCUGGGAUGUGGCUCAAUGAAGAAUGAGUGCUUGCCUGGCAUGUGCAAAGGCUCUUGGAAAGGUGGAGGUGGGGAAUGAAGUUGGCACUUCCUAUAAACAGGAAGGUUGCUGUGGCAGGCAGUGUCUGCAGGUGGCUCAGGAUGUAGGGCUCCAGUAACAGCUUCUCUUCCGGCCCUUUGAGGUAGAACUCUUUGAAGACGCAGGUGUCAGCAAGCCAGUGUCCCAGGCACCCACCCAUGAGCUGAGGUGGGUGAGGGGCAGAUGUAGCUCAGCCUCAGGUCUGUGGAGCUUCUCAGAGCCAGAGCCAGGAGAGAGGGAGAUGAGGUGGGCCCAUCAGGGGAGCUAGACGAGUUCGCUGCUGGAUUUUCUUCACAAGGUCCCCAGGUUGUGAUCAUGCUUGGGGUCUGUCUAAAUCUGUGACCACCCCUACCAACUUCAGCUCAGGACAAGAGGACCAAGGUGGAACCAAAUUGGGGUGUAGAAAAGUCAUAGCCUUGGGGGACAGGAAGAAAAACAAGGUGUGCCCUAUUAUUUUGCUGGAUGGCAGCCUAAAGAGUUGGAAUGUGUUUGGGGAAAUAUAAUGGGAAGGGAGCUCUUCACCAUUCCUCCAAAUGGCAAUCGUGCUGUGGUGGAUAUCGUUUAGAUAUGGUUUGUACUUGUUCCCUAAGCCUUAGGGUAUUGGAAGCUUCAGCCCCAGGAUAGUGGUGUAUGACAUGGUGGGACCCUUAAAAGGUGGAGUCUAGGGUUGGGAUGUGUGGCUUAAGUAAUAGCUGGAGGUCCUGAGUGUAAUUCCCAGUACCAUCAAUAACAAAGGGCCUGGAGGCAGGGUUGGUGGC